UUAAAUAUUGCCAUUCAUUUUAAUAUGAUUUGAAAUAAAUAUUCACUUACAUAUUACAUUAGAUCAAGUUGGAUCAAUUAAUAUCAAAAUGGCAUACUCGAUUUUACUGUAAAACUUCAUCAAAUCAUCGGCGCAAAUUACUUAGUUAUUUAAAUAAACCACUUUAUGAAAAUUCUAUAAAAAGUAUACAAUCACAUGAAGAAGAACAAAAUAACUUAAAGGAAAUGGGAAAUCUUACUGACAAUAAUAAUGAAUUGUGGGAUGAUUGGAGCAGUUGGAGUACAUGCAGUGUAACAUGCGGAAGUGGUCGUCGAGUUCGUUGGCGUCAUUGUUCAGCAGAACAUUGCUUAAAAGGGUUGAAGAGAGCACAAAUAAAACCAUGUCAAUUAAAAAAAUGUGAUACUAGAAAUGUUCUUCACUGGCUUGGUAUUAAAACGAAAUAAUAAAAUUAAAAAGAGAACAUCUAUUGUCAUAUUUUAGAUUUAUAGGAAAGGACGAACAUAAAAUUUGGACUUCAACUUUAG